CGCCAUUCUUUUAACUGCCAGGCGGGCCAGCUGUUCAGGAAACCUGGCAGAGUCAGGCGCUCCACCCUGCCUUUCCAAGAUUUUCUAAUCCACUGGCUUAGACUCACCGGGAGGAGUGUGUGCCCAUCUGACUUGGUUCUUCACCAUGGCUUCUCACAAGACCUUCAGGAUCAAGCGAUUCCUGGCCAAGAAACAAAAGCAAAAUCGUCCCAUUCCACAAUGGAUUCAGAUGAAAACUGGCAAUAAAAUCAUGUACAACUCCAAGCGGAGACAUUGGAGACGAACCAAAUUGGGUCUAUAAGGAACCACACAUACUUAUGCUGUUUGAAGGUUACCGUUAACUUAGUGUAUCAAGUUUGCAACAUUACCAUUGUCUGGACAGCUGUGUGUGUUUAUUAGGAAUAUAAGUUUUCUUUCUGUGCUCUUGUGGGGUUCAUACAGUAGUUCAGUAAUAAA